UUAAGUCCAUUAUUCCUGCCUGCUCUCCCUCUGAGCACUUCUACUCCGCUCAGCUCCUGUGAAAACUGUGUGUGUGUGUUAAGAAAAGUUUUAUGUGUGUGCAUAGGGUUGUGUGUUUUUCUAAGUGGAGCUGGAGUGCAGCCGUUCAUGAGUGGAGCUGACUGCAGACAGGGGAAUACUCAGAUCUCACUACACUGCUUUUUAACUCACGCACCAGCUGCUUUUUGGACUUUUUUAAGACUCACUGGACUUUUUCGCACCAAAGUGGGACUCUGUCGCUGCUCUCUUUCUGCCCUCCAGGCACCAUUCCCAUCACUGGAAUUACUCAAGAUUUUUUUCACAGCUGAAAAUAAUUUUUACAGGAAUAUCUAACUGCCUAUUUUAAUUGUAUUUAUCCUCUCAAUUUAUAGACUCUCAGUUUUUUCCACCUGAUUCCAGAAAAAAUGUUUCUGUACAUUCUCAUUGAAUUUAGAUAUGCACAAGCCUGAGAAUGGGUGUUUUGCACAUAACAAGAGCUCAGUGAGUGUGUGUAGGUGUGUGUAUACAGCACUCUCUAUACUGUGAGUAUAUAAUCAAGAGGGUUUGUCUCAUAUGGACAUGUGUGUUUUCUUUUUUAUUCCAAUAAAAAAACCAUGAGAGGUCAGACAGCAAAAGCAGUACAGUAACUAUGGAAACAGCUGGUCCUGCCAGAGGUAUGUUGGGCUUAGGUGGACGCUGAUCCCGACCUGGAAUGUUCUGAACUCUUUUGGAAUUUGGUUCGCCUGGAAACGGAUGGACAGGUCUCUAUGCCCAUGUGUGACGUUUUUGUCCCGUCUUGGAUGUGAGAGGUAAACUUGGUCGUCCUUCACGGGAGGAGCACUGGAUCUGCCAAGAGAACUCUUCAAAACCAAGGAGGACAAUAUAAAGAUUACUCUGAAUAUUAAAGGUAGAAAGGAAGGAAGACUGGAAAAGAUUGAAGCUCUGCAAAAAACAAGAGGGAGAAUCUGUUUUGGUUUUGCAAAGCUGAGUCCAAACUAGUCCAAAGGCAGGUGGACAUUACUGCUAAGUGGAAUAUAAAUAAAUAAAUUCACUUUUGAAAGGAAGGAGCUUGUUCUAAGCGUGCCGAGAUGAUGACCAUGAUGAUGAUGAUGGCGGCCAUGAUGGUCACCUGCAGCUCUCUGUUCCUGCUGGGUCUGGCCGCUGCUCAUGCUUCCUCUGGCACCAUGACCCGCACUUCCUCUUCAUCUUCAUCCUCUUCCUCCUCCUCCUCCUCCUCCUCACCACGCAUGAAGCUCUCAUACAAAGAGUUGCAGCAGUUCCAUGGAGUGCGGCGCUUUGAGCUGGAGCGUUCCUGCUGCUUCAGCGCUCUGCUGUUGGAUGAAGAAAGAGGCCGCCUCUUUGUCGGGGCCAAGAACUUCCUGCUGUCGCUAUCAUUAGACAACAUUGCCAAGCAGGAACACAAGAUCUACUGGCCAGCUCCCGUCGACUGGAGGGAGGAGUGUAACUGGGCUGGCAAGGAUAUCACUUCUGACUGUGUGAACUAUGUGAAGAUCGUGCACCACUAUAACCGCACCCACCUGUAUGCCUGUGGAACUGGGGCCUUCCACCCUACCUGUGCCUUCGUAGAGGUGGGACACAGGAUGGAGGACCAUGUAUUCAGGAUUGACCCCUCUAAGGUGGAGGAUGGGAAAGGGAAGAGUCCAUAUGAUCCUCGCCACAAUGCUGCAUCUGUACUCGUCGGUGAUGAGCUAUAUGCAGGCGUGGCCACAGACUUAAUGGGACGGGACUUCACCAUCUUUAGAAGCCUGGGGAAACGCCCCUCCAUCCGCACCGAACAGCAUGACUCACGCUGGCUCAAUGAACCAAAAUUUGUUGGUUCCUUUUGGGUCCCAGAAAGUGAAAACCCUGAUGAUGACAAGGUCUUUUUCUUCUUCCGUGAGACCGCGGUUGAGGCCCAGGGGCUGGGAAAGUCCACCUACUCCCGCAUCGGACAACUCUGCAGGAAUGACAUGGGUGGUCAGCGAAGUCUGGUGAACAAGUGGACGACAUUCCUCAAGACCCGUCUGAUAUGCUCGGUACCAGGAGCAGAUGGCAGCGACACGUACUUUGACGAGCUGCGCGAUGUGUUCCUGCUGCAGACAAGGGACAGAAAGAACCCUCUGGUCUACACUGUCUUCUCUACUUCCAGCAGUGUAUUUAAAGGCUCAGCUGUGUGUCUCUACUCCAUGAAUGACAUCCGGAGGGCCUUCCUGGGGCCCUUUGCUCACAAAGAGGGGCCCAACUACCAGUGGGUCCCCUUCCAGGGAAAAGUCCCCUAUCCCCGCCCAGGAAUGUGUCCCAGCAAGACAUUUGGCAGUUUUGAGUCCACAAAGGGUUUCCCAGACGAUGUGAUCCAGUUUGCGCGUCACCACCCUCUGAUGUAUAACCCUGUCUACCCUAUGAGCCGACGGCCCGUCUUCGUCAGAACAAAUGUGGACUACAGCUUCACACAGAUUGUCGUGGACAGAGUCAGCGCUGCCGAUGGACAGUAUGAUGUCAUGUUUAUUGGCACAGACAAAGGAACAGUACUAAAGGUGAUCAAUGUCCCUAAGGAGAGCUGGAACAACAUGGAGGAACUUCUACUGGAAGAGCUGGAGGUCUUUAAAGAUGCCUCAUCUAUCAUCAACAUGCAGAUCUCCUCAAAACGGCAACAGCUGUAUCUGGGCUCAGACACAGGCAUUGCCCAGGUUCCCCUUCACCGCUGCAGUGUGUAUGGGAAGGCCUGUGCUGAGUGCUGCCUCGCCAGAGACCCAUACUGCGCCUGGGAUGGAACAUCCUGUACUCGUUACCUGCCAAACACCAAGAGACGUUUCCGUCGCCAGGAUGUAAGGAACGGAGACCCCAACACCCUGUGCUCUGGAGACCACCAUAAGUACCGUGUUGCAGAGAGGAAGCUGUAUGGAGUUGAGGGAAGCAGCACUUUCUUGGAGUGUAUCCCCAAAUCCCUUCAGGCCAGAGUCACCUGGACCUUCCAGAAACAUUCCCAGAACCCACAGGAAGAGGUGCGUCUAGAUGACCGCAUCCUCCAGACAGACAGAGGCCUUCUGAUUCGCCGUGUCCUGAAGAGAGAUAUCGGCAUCUACCAGUGCCACGCUAUGGAACACGGCUUCACCCAAACCUUACUAGGCAUCACCUUGGAAGUUGUACCUUCAACAUCCUCCUCAGUCUCCAAUCUACCCUCCGAUGCCCCUGUCCGAUUAGACCCCCGCAGCGGAGGUGGACCCCCAAUGACCAAUCAAAAGCUUUGGUACCGGGACUUCAUGCAGCUGGUGGACCACCCUAACCUUAGUACCGUUGACCAGAUUUGUGAGCAAGUCUGGGCACGCAAGAACGCCGGUGGUCACCAACUUGAUAAGAGCUUUCCUGCUCCAGGGAAGGAUGGCCCGCCUCUGGGCCCUGCUGUUCGCCCAGCUAACAAGAAGUGGAAGCAUCUUCAGGAGAUAAGGAAGGGGAGAAACCGCCGGACCCAUGAUGGAAAACCGAACCCACGGGCGCCUCGCAGUGCAGGGGAGUAGCAACGUAGAGAAAGAGAUGGAAGGAGAAAAGAAUGACUGAUACAAGGAGAAAUGACGAGAGUGAUAGAAAGAGACUGAGAGACCAAGAACUCCUGGAGGUGUUCACACAUACAGAUACACCCACGCACAUAAAAACACAUGCACACACACACGCACGCACACGCACACGCACACACACCCACACACAGCACCUCCUCUAUUGUGCAUAUUUAUCUAUGGAUGCCCCCACUAUAUGUUACCCCAAUCCCUGAGCCCUUGUCCCACUGGCCAGCCCCUGCAUGUGCUGCCUUACAACCCAAAUUGAUUCUGCACGAUCCCUUUACACUGUUCCACUAGCGUAGUCGAGUGUACAAGCAGGUACGUGGGAGUGAACCCACCUCUGGGCAAUAAACUUACACUACCUGUCAUUCCCUUUGCCACUGACUAUAUAUGGAAGGUGGGUUCACAGCACAGGUUUACCACAUCUUUUGUUGGGUAUUAACGUUUGCCUACUACAUGCCAGCUACACAUGUUAUAUGUGGAUAAUGGCUCACAGUAUGAACACCUACUCUCUGGACUACACCACUCAGAACAAAAACAGCCCCAAAGUUUUGGAUUAAAGCGCCUCACAGCUUUUCUUACCUGAAGAUUUCAUACCAAUGUAAAAAUAAAUGGUGGACUUGAGUGCGGGGAAUGGGAAGGAAUGGAGAAACGCGACAACUGGAAUAUACUGGAUGGUCUUUAACUGGAAACACAUUUAACUAUUUAUGUGAAAUUGCACAAGCAUGCAGACAAACACUUUUUUUUAAAAAUUAUUACUAUAUUAACAGAUGAAUUGAUCAACUUCCUGUGGUGCUCUUGUUGCACAUAUUUCCAGUAACCUCAAUUUUCACAUGGUUUUCUGUGCAUAUUAUAUAAUGUAGUCACAGAAGAGGUAGAGAUGCCAGCAGCGUGGGGCAGCCUGUGGAACAGAUCAGCAUGUUGCAGAACUGGAUAUUUUAUAUAGUAGGUCUCUUAGCGGUUUCCUUAGGCACAUUGAGGCAUGUUGCAGCAAAAUAAAUCACACAAUACAAUGCAGUCAUGGUUAAAGAGCAGUCGUAUCUGGCCAGAUAUGAUUAUAUUGCUUUACCAAACCACUAGAGAAUGAGGGGUGGAAAAACUACUGGCAUUCCAUGAUGUGAGAGAAAGAUGAGAUGUUUACAGUACACAGACAUAGCUGGAGCACAAAGAAGUCAAUCUCUAAAAGCAAAUAAAAGCCCAAAUAAGACCUGUAUUACAUAUAAACACAUUUUAGUUACGUUUUAUGUGGUGUCUUUAACAUACAAAUAUUAUAAUAAACAUUGGAAGUGCAUAUAGAAAAAGAGUUUUGACAUCCAAAACCUCACUAAAAUUUGCUAUUUAUUGGUUUUAUUUUUGGCUGUGUUCAAUGUUUUGUGCAUUAACAGUAAGGAGAAGUCAUUAACAUUGUGGUUUGGGUGGUUUAAUAUGAUGAGGAGUUAGAGGAAAGAUCUUAGUGGACUGAGCUCUAAUAUGACAACCCCUGUUUCUGGGCUACAGUACAGAAUAUAUAUAUAUAUAUAUAUUGGAUUACUAUAUAUAUAUAUAUAUAUAUAUAUAUUAUAUUACCAUGAUAUUUAUGAGUUAUGAUUUUUUGUAUUCUAUGCGGUACUUCUACUCCUUGCUCUUUUACACUGUUCUUGCAUAUGUUUUUUGUGAUAAAUGGAUAUAUGCAAAUAAUAUGAGACGAGUGAGUCACCGACCCCUCAUUCAGCACGGUAAAAUGCACAGAAAGCAGAUCUUCUGCGCUACCUACAAUGCAUUUCACUGUCCACAAAAAAAAAACAAAUAAACAAAAAAAAACUUCCAUCUGACUUCAUACACUGCUGGAAUCACUUCUUAACGUAGUGUUACACUCAUUAAUAUCAUUGACUUUUGCUGCUUAACGAUGUCAUCUCUUCCUAAUGGACAAUUAGUAAUAAGGUCUUCCUUCUCUCUGUCUUUAGUCCAAUAUAUUUCUGUGUAGUCUCUGUAAAGAAACCUUGUUUGUUGGUUGUCUGUGCUAACAUGGUGUGUGUAGCCUGCCCCCUAGUGUCUAUUGUGUGUACAGGCUCGGAUGAAGAGUCUACCUGUGGUACGAUAACUUCAUUAUAUCAUAGUCUGUCUACAUGAAAGAAAGCAACUGGCCUUGUAAGAUAAAACAAGCAUUUAUGUUUUGCAUUCAUACAGUCUCAAUAUGAUUUUUAUGAUGAAUAUAUGUUGUAAUUUGUGUUGCUGCCACAAAUUUCUCAGAAGUAUCAUGGUUUUAAAGAUUUUCAGUAUACUGAAAUUGGCUAAAUUUGGCUGUGGUGUGUUCAUUAAUUCCCUGAUAGGAGGCAGCACAAACUAGGUCUGUGAGUGGAUUUUAGAUGUACGGAAUCAUUGUCGUUAUUUAUAUACCUUCUUUCUAGAGAUGUAAUUAACUUUUUAAACCCAACUGACUGACUCCUGUGAAGGGGCACUCUGCAUUUUGACACCACAUGCAGGAUUUACUGCAAAAGCAUGACAUGAAAAAAAUCAAAACUGAGUUUAAAUGUGGGGAGCUGCCUGUCUAUAUAGGCACUAUCUGCAUUUAAACCACAGUACUAAUUGGGUUAAUUCACUAAAUGGAGAUUAAACUUAUUAGUCGUGUACUUCUUUUUCUUUGCUAAGAGAUUAUUUACAUUGGUAGUGAUGUCAAACUUGCCUGAGUCUCCCUUUUAAGCCAGCUGUUUUUGCUCUUUUGAAAUUGCAUGACCAAUGUUAGUGGCUAACGCGUUUGACAAUGGUGCGGUGACAAGAAAGAGCGAGAGAAAGAAAACACAAUGUCGAAUACUAUUAUUAUUCCUAUGUAUUUAUGUGCAAAGAUAAGCUGAUAUGUUGUGGUGGAUUUUUAUUUUUCUUAUAAAUGUAAAUUUACAUCUGUAUUGUUCAUGUUCUGCUGAAAAGAACUCAUUCUCAACUUUUUUUGGGAAAACCCUUCUGAACACAGUGUCAAAUUAGAGUCUUUGUUGUGUUGUUACACAGCUCUCCAAUCAACAAUCUUGUUGUAUCCCAUGCCAUGUGACGCACCCCUGUAUGAUAGCUCACAAGGAGAGGCUUGUGUAUGUGUGCGUGUGUGAGCGAGAGAGAAAUGUGUGCUUGUGGUUUUUUGUGUGUGUGAGUUUUGGGGGAAAGCAGAGCUCUGUAUAUAAUGGCAAAGGAACAGUGGUGUGUGUGUAUAGAGUGGUCUAUAGGUGAAAGUUCAAAGGUUGAAGGCCAAAGUUAAUGUGGUGCACUGUAAUACUCCCAGAGAUCUUUGUGAAAUGUCAUUUCAGAUUGUUUUUGAUUAACACAAUAAAAAUAUGCAGUUACUUAAUGAAA